AUGUUUCUUGUUAUGUUUAUCCUUUGCAGAACCUGAUGAUUUGGAAACAGAAAUUCUACAAGAGCCAAGUGGAACAAACAAAGAUGAGAGCUUGUCAUGCACUAUUACUGAUGUGUGGAUUAGCGAGGAAAAGGAAACAAAGGAAACUCAGUUGGAAGAUAGGAUCACCAUUCAGCAAAAUGAAGUUUCUGAAGAUGGAGUCUCGAGUACUGUGGACCAACUUAGUCACAUUCAUAUAGAAACUGGAACCAAUGAUUCUCAGCACUCUGAAUGUGAUGUAGAUAAGUCUGUGCAACCAGAACCAUUUUUCCAUAAGGUGGUUCACUCUGAACACUUGAACUUGGUCUCUCAAGUUCAGUCAGUUCAGUGUUCACCAGAAGAGUCCUUUCCAUUUCGAUCUCACUCGCAUUUACCACCAAAAAAUACAAACAAGAACUCCUUGCUGAUUGGACUUUCAACUGGUCUGUUUGAUGCAAACAACCCAAAGAUGUUAAGGACAUGUUCACUUCCAGAUCUCUCAAAGCUGUUCAGAACCCUGAUGGACGUUCCCACCAUAGGAGAUGUUCGUCAAGACAAUCUUGAAAUAGAUGAAAUUGAAGAUGAGCAUAUUAAAGAAGGACCUUCUGAUUCUGAAGACAUUGUGUUUGAAGAAACUGACACAGAUUUACAAGAGCUGCAGGCAUCGAUGGAACAGUUACUUAGGGAACAGCCUGGUGAAGAAUACAGUGAAGAAGAAGAGUCAGUCUUAAAGAACAGUGAUGUGGAGCCAGCUGCAAAUGGGACAGAUGUGGCAGAUGAAGAUGACAACCCCAGCAGUGAAAGUGCCCUGAACGAAGAAUGGCACUCAGAUAACAGUGAUGGUGAAACUACUAGUGAAUGUGAAUACGAUAGUGUCUUUAACCAUUUAGAGGAACUGAGACUUCAUCUGGAGCAGGAAAUAGGCUUUGAAAAAUUCUUUGGGGUUUAUGAGAAAAUAAAGGCUAUUCAUGAAGAUGAAGAUGAAAAUAUUGAAAUUUGUUCAAAAAUAGUUCAAAAUAUUUUGGGAAAUGAACAUCAGCAUCUUUAUGCCAAGAUUCUUCAUUUAGUCAUGGCAGAUGGAGCCUACCAAGAAGAUAAUGAUGAAUAAUCCUCAAAAUGUUUUUUAAUCCUCAACUGUAUGAAAGCAUUUGAAUUUGGCUCAUCAGAAUAACAAGCUUCAGUGGGAAAUACAGCAAUUAUUUGUUUUAAAAAUCAGAUUUAAGAUGGGCAUGCUUACUGCAUGAAAAAGAUGGAGAAACAUGCCAUUUUUCAGUGACGAUUCUAACAUUUUUUAUCUAUUUUAUUUUGUUCAUUGAAUUAUAUGGUUAAAUCCUGUAAAAUAUAUGCUUUAUUAAAUCAUUGAACCAAAGCAUAGGAAAUGUUGACCCAAAAAGUGACUUAAUGGUUUUGAAGAUUUACUAUGCAACAGGGUAACUUUGACUUUCAGCAAAUGUCUUUAGGUUGAAGGAAUUACCUACGUUAUGAAAGACCUCCCUGUGGUUUUUCAAUGAAGUCUUUAAGCAUGACCUUUUUUCUGUCUAAUACUUGCUUUCAUUUUGCCCAGCAGUUCUACAUUAAAUAACCUUGUCAAGGGCUCUAUUUAAAUGGAUACAUUUUGAAGAUGAAAUUUUUAGCCUUAAAGUUUAUAUUCUCAAGUCCUUUUACAACCAGUGUGUCUCCUGAACUAGCACAUAGGCUGUAAAAACAGUCUUAGAAAUCACUGAAAGAUUUGAUUAUGAAAGAAUAGUCAAAUAAAAGUUGGUUUAAUGCCUUUAUUUCUCUUUAAGGCCCAGAACCAGGAAUACUAUAUCUAAAAAUUAGUCUGCGGAUUUAACAUUGACCUAGCAUAUAGCUUGAAGUUGCUCUUUUGGUUUUUAACUUCCUCUUAUACAUAUGCUUCAAGGACAACAUGAUGUUAAAAAGGAGGAAGGAAUUAUUUCUAUUUUGACACUGUGACAGUUUUGGCAACCAGCAUCCUAGGGAGAGAAAUGUUUGUCUCUUGAACUUCUUUCCAUUAUGAGAGGAUUUAGUUAGGUCAUUAGGAUGAUGGUCACAGAGCUUCAAUUGCAAUAUGCCAAGUAUAACAUGGUUUUGUUAGAGGUGUCUACAGUCCAGAUGUUUUUCAUAAUAAAAGCAAAAUUUUGAACCUCUGAGUUCAAAGCAGGCUGGUUGGCAUAAUAUGUAAUUUGGAAAAUAAAAUCUUACCUUGCAGCACCAAUCAGCAUGUUAAAUUUAUUAUGUAUAUUACUUCUAACAUCUGAAACUAAAUACUUGAUUUUUAUAUGUGUUUAUUUUAUGAUAUUGCUAUUAAAUUUUUAUUAUUUACCUGAA